UCCAAUAGCGGUAUGGAGCAGCCUUUCAUUUAACGGUCUUGAGCUUCCACGGGGCUGGUUUUCACCAGCGACCUUCCACGUCCUGACCUAUCUUUUUAUUUGGAGCUUUCUCUCCGUCAGGCAGGCUCUGUGAGAAGGAGCUCUCCCCGGGACAUGACGGGAUCGGUCGGGUCCCCUGCCGUCGGACUCGUGGCACGUUUGGAACGAGAUGAGUGGAUGGAGCCCCGGUGCGUCACUGACUCCCGGGAGCCCUACGGUGUGUUUUCCUGGGUGUCAACUAUACUUCAAUCCGUCAGUGCCAGUUGGCACCUGCAAGCACCUUCACGAGGCUGUAAGUGUUACUUGACCGGUGCAGACCGUCACUAUUGCUCUGUCUGCCUCAGUAUGGACCGGACGUUUUCCAGGACAAGGACCGCGUCUCGUGGGGCCUUGUUGGCGUGGACAGUGUGGAUCUGCUUUGUGAAGAGCUGCCGCAUCUUCAGGGGACACUUAUACAGUGUUGCACUUCGGACAUGGGGAGAAAACGGGACCUGGACUUGAUAGCUGAUGGCGAGGAGCACGGUCAGAUAGUUUUAUAUUCAUUUGCUGUUUAAAAAUGUACACGGAUCAUUUUAAAUGAACACCAUUCAUUUUCAUGCAUAUUCUACAUUUACUGAUAUUAUAAUGAUUGCUUUUAUUGUUUAAACCUGACAUUUUCGCCCCUCUUAAACUGUAAUAUCGCCACCCUUCAAAACCUAUUUUAGUUAACACAGGGCAAUGUGUUAACUACUUGGUCAGGCCUGGUUGUUUGCAGCAAAGUAGUGCUGCAGUGGACACCGGAAAAUCAUUUUAAUACAUUGCAUAUUUGUUUUGAAAUGUUGGGAAAUUGUUCAUUGGGAGGGUUUUGAUAUUUUUCCAAAUUCGAUCAGAUUUGGACAAUUGUAUUGGAUAACAGGUUAUCUUAGCUGUAGAGAUAUGUGAUAUACAUACAUGGUUAUGCUGCUUAAAAAUACCACACCUUUGAUAUGUGCACUAUAAAGGGCGGUACUUCUACUUUCAUUAUUUGUGUGGCUUUCCUUUGAAUGGCAGUUAACACAGCAGAACUGAUGGUGCGUGAUAUCCGUGUGGUCAGAGCCAGAUAACUUUCAUGUGGUAGGAACAGAUUGCAACGAUAGCUGGAAAUCAUUGCAAUGUCCUGGCUAAAAAAAAAACUGCGCAAAAUAGCCGUGUAAACAUGGAGCGAAGAAAAGGGGAUUUGUGUGCAUUUACCGUGGUGUGUAAAAUCAGAGAAUGUUUUCUCUUGUUUUUAAAGCGUGUCAUGACAGGGUAUCACCACGAAUCACUGAUGCACAAGUCAGAUGCUUUAAAUGCAGGUCUGUAUGUCCGCAGCGGGCUCGUCAUCGUUUGUGCACUGCUUUAUAUUUCGAUUUCUCGCACACGCUAAUGUUCUACAUUGCAUUGUUGUUUGGUUCCUUAAUUUUGUUUCCCCUUCUCUGCAUUAUAACUCAACACGUUUCAAAUCCCAAAGAUCCAUAUUCACUACACUAGCUAUUUGGGGGGGGGGGAAGCCCUUUGUUUGUGUUAACCUUAAUUUUCUCUCGGCUUGGAUUUCAAAUCCACUUUCUGUUCCACGGGAGGUGGAUUUUUCAACAUGCAGCAAAGCCUCACCCACAUUAGUUUGGCUCCAUGCAGUAAACAAGUAAGUUGAUUGGUUUUGCUUUAUAUACUGUGAUUUAAUAAGGAAAACAUCAACGUAAGCCAGGACCAAGUGGUGUUGGUGGUACCAAUGCCAUGCUUUCCAUUGGUUCCUGUUUACAUGAUGCCCACAGGAUGCGCGGUGAUUGGUGGCGCUUCACACGUGACCAGGCAACUUUGUACAUUUGACAGGGAGUAGGAGGGUUUUGUGGAGAUCAGAAAAACGACAGCGCGAUAAAAAUUAGUAUUGUUGCACUUCACAAAUUAAUGACCAUGAGUUCCUACUUGAUAAACUCCAACUAUAUCGAGCCUUCCUUUCCUCCAUGCGACGAAUACCAGCAGAGCGGAUACAUCCCCAACCCCGGUGAUUACUACGAGCGGUCCAAAGAUACGGGCUUCCCCCAUCACGACGAGCAAUCCUAUCCGAGGUCAAACUAUACAGAAACGGGAUACGAUUACGGCAACGUUCCCGCCACGGGACUCGAUGAUUUCGGCGAGGGACACCACGCACAGCCGCAGCCGGUUCCACAGAGCCACGGCGGUCCUCGCCUCGCCGCGGCCCCGGACGGUGGCGCAGGGGCAAACGCCGGCAAAGACUGCAGCCUCGCCGGCGAGGUUUUUCCCGGUGCGGCGAAGGGCAAGGAGCCGGUGGUCUAUCCGUGGAUGAAAAAGGUCCACGUUAGCAACGUCAAUCCCAAUUACACUGGAGGAGUGCCCAAGAGGUCCCGCACUGCCUACACCCGCCAGCAGGCUCUGGAGCUGGAGAAAGAGUUCCAUUUCAACCGGUACUUGACCCGGCGCAGGCGGGUGGAGAUUGCCCACACCAUGUGUCUGUCAGAGCGCCAGGUCAAGAUCUGGUUUCAGAACCGCAGAAUGAAGUGGAAGAAAGAGCACAAGCUUCCCAACACCAAGAUCCGCUCCUCCAGCUCGGCUUCGUCCUCAGCCUCGGGGUCCCAGCAGCAUCAGAUCAAAACAGGCCAACAGCUUGUCCCCACGCCGUGCACUGCGGGUCUAUAGUGCCCGAAUGAACCUCAUCCAACAAAAACCCAAUCCAGACUGAGAUGGCAAAUAUCACAAGUGGAAUUUGAUGGACCGAUUCUCAGUAUUUUACACGUGGUGUUGUCUCUUUCACCUUUGCCUCUGCCAUUGGGCCCCUGUCACGUCCUCUCUACCCUUUCUCCUCUCCGGUCGUCUUCGCCCUCUUCAUAUAAGCUUGAAAUUCACCUUUAAUUGCCACGGUGGCAACUGAAGUGUUAUAGAUUUGUUUAUUAUUAUGAAAGAAGGAUAACGCACAUCACGUAUGACUAUGAUAAAAAUGUAUCAUUACAGUUAAAAUUGAGAGAGUUAAAAGAAAGUUUGAACUCAUUUUUUUAUGUUAUCUUCUAUUAUUUUUUUCUCCUGUUUUUUUAUUAUUAUUUCUCAUGGGAAGCUCUAAUAUACUUGAAAGAUAUUUAGCGAGACUCUAGAUGGCUGUUUAGAGGUAUGGCAUCAGUCCGAGUAACAGUGUAGUUUGUGUGUUUGAGUCGGUUGGUUUACUGUUGAAUGUAGUCCAUGGUGACUUUCACAUUUUAUGUACAUAGGCAAAUCAUAAUGAAGGCACAAUAAGAGAAGCAUUUCGUCACGUAGAAAUCUGUGUGUUGGUAUUGUACGUUCUAUAGGUUUAUUUGUGCUACGGUCUAUUCCCUGUUGUGCUGUGUUCUAAACUGUGAAUAUGUGUAUGUGAUGUCUCGGUAAUGACCUUUGUGAUGUAGGCUAGUGUAGGGCCAGUCUGUCCUUGUGAAAUAAAUAUGAACUUCACUUGUAAGAUUGACUUUGUUUCGGAUAAAAUGCCAUUUUGCUAAAUAUUUAUUUUUGCAGCUGCGCGUAGCAACAAAAUUCACGCAUUGACCUCGUGUUUUAAAAAUACAUUCGAAACAUGGAGAUUUCACUUUCAAACUUGAGCAUUUGACUUCCACUGUUGCUUUCAAUACAGUAUAUGGCCUGAGCAUUUAUUUUAUAUUAUAUUCGUAUAGCAUUUGAAUCAGUUAUUCAGAGUUUGGAGAUAUGCGUAUAAUUAAAAUAGUGUGCGAUACAAUUGAAUGCUUACAAUUGAAACUGAGAAUUGGACGAUUUAAUGCAUCACGAUUUAAUAAUACGUAAAACGUUCAACUUUAUUAACUUAAACAGAAUCAAAUUGUAUUUUUUGUAUUAUUUUUAUUGACGAUGCACGUUAAUCGGUGCGUAAAGCGGUGCACUUUCUCUUUACAGAAAGGGUCACAGAUUCAACAUUCAAAGUGUUUAAUAUCUGUAACCUACGUGAAUUGUCUCCGACAAAAUACCAAAACAUUGCGUAUUAAAUAGUUUUGUCUAAUUCAUGUCUUCUAAUCCUCAACUUUCAUGCGUAAAUUCCUGGAUGAAUAUGAGCUGUUGCUGAAGUUUAGGACGCCGGUUUAUAGCUGCCCACGAGUUGCGGACUUUGCUACCGGUACAGGAAUCUAACUAACCCCAGAUUGUUAAAUUAUCCGGCUUCACAAAUUGUCCUCUUGCCAUUAUAAGGAGAUCUCGCCAACGUCAGAGCACCAGUGUGAGUGUUGGUCACUACCUGGUACGUCCAAACAAUAGAGAGUUCAACCCGGGGACACGGGCGGGUCUGGCCAAUCACCAGCUUAGAGCACUUAUUCUGACCCCUGACCUUUCAACACACACAAUGUUCAGACCAUACAUCAGUGCUGAGACCUCCACGGGCUUCUUCGCCCCGUAUGCGAUUUGCCGAGAGAAAGCGCUGAAACAAAAACGGUGUUAGGUGUGAAACUGAGCCAUGAAUUUCCCCCCAAAUUAUUCCUAGAAGACCGCUCUUCUGCAAUAAAUCACAGCAACACCCCUGCCAGCUCAAUGAGGGCACCAUGUCAACUCAAACAUGCUGGCAUUGUGCAACAUUUUCAAUAUGUUUUGGUGCAUUUUCCGUUCAAUAUACACGUAUAGCAAUAGCACCACAACGGGUGGCUCAGCAGUGAUUUUAAUAGUAAAUUAGAACACUAACACUCUCCAAACAGAGUAGCAGAAUCAUAGUCCAACUUCCCCCUCCAAAAAAUGUUCAUGUUACGAUUUUUAUUGCAUCAUUCGGCCAACAUUUUUGUCUGCAGACCCUCUCCGCGUGAAAUGCCCUUUCCUCCGUGCAGCACUUGCUGCAGACAUGAGGGCUGUGCAGAAGAUGGCGUUGAGUGGCACCGAUUUUGCGCAGACUAAAAAGUCCGAUGGUUAAAUUAUAAGGAUUCAAGUCAUUUGAUUCGCGAAUAGAGGUCACUUCCAAUGCACUGAAAUUUUAAUGCACUCCUUCACGUGACUUGUUGAAUAAUGAAUGCCCCGGGGUCAGAAAUAGAUCAGAAAGUCUGCCUUAUUUUCAUUUGAAGUGAUCCUCUGCAGGAUGAAAGUCAGAUCUCUUCUCAUCUGACAGUCACAGAACCCUGUCCGCUGGAAACUGACCGUCAUGACUUGUGAGUAAAACCAUUUUUGUAGGUGUUAAAAUAUGGUAUAAAUGUCCCAGAAGUGGAGAUUUUGCGAAAGUAUAUAUAAAUAUAUUGUAAUAUUAUCUUAUUAUUUCCAGCUUUAACUUAGUUUAGUUGGCUCGUUUGACAAUUACGCGUUACACUCAACCAACUGUGUUUCUCCACUUGAAUGCAAAAGCUUUUUAUUGACCCAAAUACAUUCUUAAUAUUAUGUAUAUGUGUUCGCGCUUAAACGAAAUAUAAUACAAAAAAUAAUACAAAACUGCAAGUGUAAGUUUAUGAAACGUAAUGAUCACUUUGGAAACCCAUCUUUUAUGAAACCAAACGGUUUUGCAUAUUUGUUUGAAAUGAAUUGAUUCUACACAUGGCAGAGGAGGGUGAAGUGGGAACUUUAUUGUGCAGAAGUAAUACAAACACUUAAAAUUGCACAUUAUGGAAGGCAAUUUUGUGGUCUGCCUUUGUUAUUAUUUUUUAUGGUUGAAAUUAUUUAAUUAAUUUUACUAUCCAAUUUAAUGAUUUGGGACAGUAACAAUGCGAAGGACUUCUCAAUUUGAGACUGUAUUGCAACAUUUCCCGUCACCUAUAGCUAAGUUCAACGCUAAAACGAUUCUAUUACACCCAGAUUUACGUAAACAGUGACGUCCCCCCUGGUUCGUCUGCGUCGCACGAGCGACGUCCCCGAGUCGGCCCUAUAAAGUGUUGAAUUGGAUAUCAGCUCUAACGUUUGGCCGGUGUGAUCCCUGCAGAAAGAGUUAUCUUCGGCUGAGUGUAGGUAACCCAAGCCCGGCUGUUAAGAGCUCCGAGUGUCAACAUUGUGGGGAGAUAUGGACCGCCGUCUGGCCAGCAUCCAGAGCUCUGCGCUCCCGACUCCUCUUUGCGGACGGCGAUAAGGAGCCAUGAUUUGUGUAAAUAACUCUGAAACAUUUGUUUUUUAUGCGAAAACAGUAUGGGAUGUGUGCCAUGAUUCAUCAUCGAUCUGGGGGGGAAAAAAAGUGGGGGAGAAAAAAUAGAAAGGAAAAAAAGUAUAGCUUCUUAAUUGGUUCCCUUCUUCUCCUUGUUUUUUUUUUAACCAAAAAGUAGCUUCGCACUCGACUCUCGGUGCCGCUGUCCGGGUCAGGGAAAGGUUCAGGUGUCAUGGCGAAAGCCAAAGUGGGAUUAGUUUCCACAUCACGGUCAUGUCCGGCCAUGACAGCUCCACAUCUGUAUUUGAAAGAAUAGAGAGGCAACACAUUUACAGAUAAACCAUGUAACAAAUAAAAAAAAGGUGCGUUUGAGAACUUAUUUUCUAGCCCUGGUCAUUGUUUAUUCUCCUCUGUUCUUCGGCUUUUGAAGUGUUGACGCUUAAUAAUGAGAGCUGGUCUUCUUCCGUUCUUGUCUUUAAAAGUUUACCGCUCAACUUGUAGUUUGAGAGGACAAAGGCUGGUGGGAGUGGGACGCUGUCUAUGUCCGCCCCCAAUGAUUAAUUGUUGUGGUGGGAUUUUUCCACGCCCGCUGCUCGGCGAUGACGGAAAACAAGCGCCAAACGGUGCCGUAAUAAGAGAAUCUCUUCCGGGAUAGGGUUUUUUUUUGGCAACUCACGGGGUUUAAAUACUCACCCCAUGUCAUGCUAUGUCGUUUGGA